AUGGAGUUUCUGAAGGCAUUCUUCAAGAAAUGGAAGAGAAUGGGUAUUAGUAGUAAAAGAACAACCAAAUCUUCUCCACCAUGUGAGCAUUAUUGCUGCUGCAUCUGCUGUUGGAGUUUGUGGUCUUCAUUCUCAAUUCACAACAAGGAAAAGAUGUUCAUUCCGAGAGAUGUCCCAAAAGGUCACAUUGUAGUAUAUGUUGGCAAACAAUCGAAAAGAUACAUCAUUAACAUUUCCCUUCUCAACGAUCCUCUCUUUCAAGAGUUGUUAGAUCGAGCAAGUGAAGAGUACGAUUUCAUACCCGCUUCCAAAAUCUGCAUUCCUUGCGACGAGAAUGUUUUCCUCGAUAUUGUCCAGCACUCUUCCAAUUCCCCAACAAAACUAUCCUGUUUCUCUUGA